GCUGUGCUUGUCGUGCUGUCCAGGUGCACAGAGGAUGGAUGCCCUCACAAGAAGUUUUUCCACACCCGUUUUCUGAUGCGGAUGAGGCUGACACCAGACUGUUCCAAAAUGCUCAUCUCCACCUCCUCUGGCUACCUUCUGAUUUUGCACGACCUUGACCUAAACAAGUCUUUAGAGGUUGGCAGCUACCCCAUUUUACGGGCCAGGAGGACCACGUCGAGCUCAGAUAUAACGUCGUCAGGCUCCUCUGGCCCUCGAGUUGUGGGCUCACCCUGCCACCAGAACAGCUCAGGGCCGCCCUCUGAGAAAACCCUGUCACGGCCCUCGCAGAGAGAAGGGGGAUCACCCAGGAAUAGCCUGGAGGUGUUAACACCAGAGGUUCCUGGAGAGAGAGACCGUGGUAACUGCAUCACAUCCCUGCAGCUACACCCCAAGGGCUGGGCCACGCUGCUGCGCUGCUCCAGCAACACAGACGACCAGGAGGAAGGAGCCCCGGUGCGGCCCGUGUCGCCGCGCUACCCCCAGUGA